UGUGUCGUCUAAUCACCCGUACUCUUAUUUGUCAGCAGCAUUUUCCUCUCUUAACGCUUCCCCACUCUCUCUCAAACUCUCUAAAGAAAUUAUCAUCCGUAUCCACUCCAAUCUCUUCUACCCACUUCUUCUCAGAUAGAAGUAAGUUGGUAGUAACCCGUGCUCGGCAAAUCAAUCACAUAAAACAAUCUAUGGAUUCAUUACCGGAGUUGAACAGGAACCUUUAUUCAGAUAUAGAGCCACAUAAGUCUGGGUUUUUGAAAGUUUCUGAUCUUCACUCAAUCUAUUGGGAGCAAUCAGGGAAUCCUAAUGGACAUCCAGUUGUGUUUCUCCAUGGAGGUCCAGGAGGUGGUACAGCACCUAGCAAUAGAAGAUUCUUUGACCCUGAAUUUUACCGUAUUGUUUUGUUUGAUCAGAGAGGUGCUGGUAAAAGCACACCCCAUGCUUGCUUGGAGGAAAACACAACAUGGGACCUCAUUAAUGAUAUUGAAAAGCUAAGAGAGCAUUUGGAAAUUCCAGAAUGGCAGGUUUUUGGUGGGUCGUGGGGAAGCACUCUUUCCUUAGCCUACAGCCAAGCACAUCCUGACAAGGUUACUGGCAUUGUCCUUAGAGGUAUCUUUCUGCUAAGAAAGAAAGAGCUUGAUUGGUUUUACGAAGGAGUUGGUGCUGCAGCUGUAUUUCCCGAUGCUUGGGAGUCUUUCAGAGACUUGAUCCCAGAAAACGAGAGGAGCUGUUUUAUAAGUGCCUACAACAAGAGGUUGAAUUCCGAGGAUCUAGAAACACAAUAUGAGGCUGCUAGAAGGUGGACCAGGUGGGAGAUGAUGACCACAUAUCUUAUCCCUAAUGAAGAUCAAGCUAAAAGAGGAGAUGAUGAUAAGUUUUCCUUGGCAUUUGCAAGGAUUGAAAACCAUUACUUCGUGAACAAGGGCUUUUUUCCUACCGAGUCGUUCCUCUUGGAUAACAUCGAUAAGAUAAGACAUAUUAACACUACAAUUGUUCAGGGAAGGUAUGAUAUGUGCUGUCCAAUGAUGUCUGCAUGGGAACUUCAUAAAGCAUGGCCAGAGGCAGAAUUUAAGGUGGUUGCAGAUGCUGGACAUUCUGCAAAUGAACCAGGAAUAGCUGCUGAACUUGUUGCAGCAAACGAAAAACUCAAGCACAUUUUGAAAAGGGACGGAACUGUUAGUAACUAGUCAUAGUCAGUGUCUUUGUUUGUUUAGCCUUGUGUAUGUGCAGUGAUCAGUGCCCCUCCACAGCCAUAAUAACCAACUGCCAAGAGCCCAAGACAAUCUGAAAAAGUAACAUCAGAGUCAUCAGCAGCUCCUAUUUCAUAUAUACAUUGGAGUUCGAUUACGAGUUCAUAUAUACAGCAUGCAUCUGAUGGUAUUUUUUACGUCAAUGUUCUGGUCAUCCCUCUUAAUUUUACUAUAUACAUUAGAGUUGGGUGAUAAAACUUAUCUGCAUUUGGGUUUAAUGGAAGAUUUAUUUGGUUAGUCUUUUCCUACAAGUUCCAGGUUUUUAUGAACGGGAUCAUGAAUUCAUAAAAGAUAUGGAACUUCUUUGAUGUCCCUAAA